AUGCCUUCCCUCGAUUCUGCCGGAUCUAUAACCACCAUGUCUUCUACGGGCACUUCGACUUACACCGGUUCAUCUACCACAACGCAGAGUGCUACUUCCUCGGCGUACGUCUACUCGUAUGGGACGAGUAAGAUCGUCAGAACGGCCGUAGCUGCAGGUGUGAUCGUUCUGGCUUUGACUGCUUUGGUCUUGUUUAUCAAGAUCUCAUCCUGGAUCCGUUUUCAUCAACGACUCCGCCGUCAUUCCCAACUUACCCUAUCCCUGCAAUCCGAACAGCGCGCGACCGCAUAUGAGAUAGCAGCGUGGGCGGACGAGCCAAAUACCGCGCCAGUGAGAAACAGCGAUUACAACAAGAAGUCGGAGAAGAAAUCUAGGAAGGAGAGGAGAGAGGAGAUCAAGCAGAUUAGAAGAGGCGGAGGCAAUGCUUGGAUGGUCAAAGAAUGGGAAGGUGUAGCGAGUUGA